GGCCGCGGGCGGCGCCCUGGUAAGGGCGGAGCGCUCCCGACAUGCCCUGCGGUGCGCCGCUAACCGCCGGGUUUGAAUUGCGGCACCGCUCGGCGGCAUGGGCGCCCCGUCCUUGCCCCCGGCCUGGCAGCUCUACCUCAAGGACCACCGCGUCUCUACGUUCAAGAACUGGCCCUUCUUGGAGGGCUGCUCCUGCACCCCGGAGCGGAUGGCCGAAGCCGGCUUCAUCCACUGCCCCACUGAGAACGAACCCGACCUGGCCCAGUGUUUCUUCUGCUUUAAGGAGCUGGAAGGCUGGGAGCCAGAUGACGACCCCAUAGAGGAACAUAAAAAGCAUUCGUCUGGUUGUGCCUUCCUCUCUGUCAAGAAGCGGUUUGAGGAAUUGACCCUCGGUGAAUUUUUGAAACUGGACAGAGAACGAGCCAAGAACAAAAUGGCUAAAGAAAUCGGCAGCAAGCAUAAAGAGUUCGAAGAGACGGCCCAGAAGGUGCACUGUGCCAUCGAGCAGCUGGCCGCCCUCGAGUGAGCCUCCUGCCACGCCCGGCCCAGUCCACGCUGUUAGCUGUUCCUCGAGCUGGCGCUGUGGCCUCGGGGCCCCUGGACGCCUUGGGGAAGGGAAGGCCAGACCCUGGGUACGGGUAGCUGUGUUUCUGUUUUUUCUUGAAAGUGGCACCAGAAGCUGCUACUGCUGCCUGGGCAGAUGGUGCCAUCGACCAUGGUGAGGGAGGCAUUUUCUUUGGUAGUUUUUGCUUUAUCUAGUCCUCAGCUCACCAUGGGAAAGGGGGGUCGUGGACAAGCAGAGGUGGACUUUGGCUAGAACUGACCGGCUUGGGCCCAUGCGGGGGGGCCCC